AUGCUCGCUCGCUUCUCUGAAGAUGCUGCAAGACCCCAGCCUCUUCAGGUGAUAAGACCGGCACGAGCCCCUCGCCCGGCCCAGGCUGGUAUCGUGAUUCGCGAACCCCCUCCAGAAGGGAACGCGCCGCUCCCUGGCCGCUGCGCAACCAGCGCUUCCCCGGCUGCCGGACAAUCUGGAAAACAGAAAGCGGUGCUUACUGAACUUGAAGCUGAAGAUUCUUCUUUUGAUGAUGACGACCCACAAACCGUCGCAGCUGCUCUGGCCCGUAAGCGCAGUCGCUCGAACCCUCGUACUGACCCAUGGGCGGAAGAUGAACCACCCGCUGACCGAUUGGCGCCCGUGGACCCUGGGAACCUUCCACCUCCUGCCAGCACAGCCGGCGAUGUACACUCGGCUUCAAUUCCUGUGCAGAUCAAAGAGGAUAGUUCGCCCGAGCUGGAAGAAAGCACAGCCCCUCCCGAUGAACCACCUGAGGAGCCAACUGCCGGUAAUGUUCCGGCUGAGGAAAUCGCUGUCGCCGAUCCCGCUGAGCCCAUUGGUGAAGGCAUGGUGGCCCAAGAGCCUGCCCCCUACGUUCCUGAAAUAGGAGCUGGGAUAAAUGGGGAACCGGAACCAGACGCGGCGCCCGUCGUCGAGCCUCAAGAAGUCCCUGCCGCGGCCGCUGUUGACGCUAAUGCUAUUGCUAAUGUUCCCCCUCCCGAGCCUCCUAACAGGCUGGAAAGGCUGGUUCGCAUACUCGAAGUGGCUCCUCCAGGAGUUAUAGACGAAGCGAGGGACGGACUGCAGCGACUUCUGGGUCCUGACAUAGGCUUGGGUACUAUAUUUUAUAUGAGGCCUCUUACAUGGUUUUGA